AUGGGUCAGAACCUUCACAAAACUUUUACCAAUCACAAAAUUCAAAAGUAAACAAAAAGUAAUAUUAUAAAAAAAAGAGCAAAUUUAGUAAUGUCUACCAGUGGUACUCUCAGAUGGUUAAGCCCUGAUAUAACAUGUUUUAUAUUCAACUCGAAGGAAAAAGAGAUAUGGCAAUUUAUUAAGCAAGCAUUGCCUGUCGUGUUCGCGCUGACGAAGCUCGUGUGUUUGAGGCGAGCCGUCUACUGGCUCCAGGUCAAGUCGGACUUCUACAAGAUCAGGCGCUACGUCGAGAACUCUUGCAAGCAGUUGGCGAAGGCAAAGUCAAGGGCGGCAAAAAGGGCCCAGCUUGUCGGGAGGAAGAUCAGCGGUUCCAUCAACGUCGACGAAUGCAUGGACGAGCUUUUCGAAUCUGCCAGGGGCGUCGCCAUCGCCAUGUCGCCCCCUGAGACGGACGUCGAAUUUCUCACAUAUCUGUCAGUCGUGAUCUCCGCACACAUGAUAAACACCUACGCGAGCCUGAGUUCCAGCUCCAACCCGCAGCCGGACGUGGAAUUCGAAAUCGCUCACGCAAUGGACGUCUGCGCUAACGCCCUGAAAAGGAUCAUCUUCUUUGACGAAUUGCUCGCCAUUCAAAUUUCCCUAGCAUACCAACUCGUAGUAGUUUUUCUUAUGUGAUUUUGUCAUUUUAGAAAAACAAAAUAGUUAAUUAAAUUCAUAAGCUGAUUUUAUGUUUUUUUUUUGGCAACAACAGCAAGUUGAAAGAAAAACAACAUCUACAGCACAAUUUCGGGACUUUUAGUGCUAUUUCAUAACUUCAUCAGAAAAGUUUCUUGAAAAUUAAAACUUAAUGAAACAGCCAACUAUAAUAAAAUAAAGGAAAAUAUAGUGAAA